AUGGAUUUAAUUAAUACUAGAAAAGUCACUUUUUUAAAUUUACUUUUAUUUCUCAACUUCUUAUUAUUUUGUUGGCUAGAUGAGAUUGUCUCUGCUCCCAUUAAUUCGAGAGGAUACAAGGUGUCGACAAACAACACCGAAGAUUAUGUCCUCUCAGAUAGUCCCAUUAGGUCAGGUGAACAUGGUAUGGUUUCUCCUCUUGCCUUUCUUGCCAAUGGUUCGAUUCAUAAGACUGCCUAUAGUGGUUUCUUUACAUUUGACAAUCCGCCACCUAAUUCUUUCUUUAUAUUUUACGAUUUCUCGAGUAAAGACUAUAUUCAACUCUAUUUUGGUGACGGUUUGAAUUGUAGAGUUGAAAUUGACUCUGGUAAAUUGAAGAUUAUUUACAAUGGUGAUUCAUAUAGCGUAUCUAAUUCUACACUUAUGACAUCUAGCGGUGAGAUGUAUGUGACUAGACAUCCCUGGGGUGGCUGCAUUGUUGAUGUACAGAAAGAUCUAAGUAGUUUGUAUAAUAUCCCCAAGUUAUUGUCUGGCUCAGACUUUGUACUUCCUCCCAGUGAUUUGAGUCCACUUAUUUCAUCUAGUUUUAGUAGUUCUUCAAGCAUUGAUAUAAUGAUAACUAGCAAUGGAGAUAUAGAGGUUAAGAAAGUCUCUUCACUACACGUUGAUAUACCUUACUUACCUCCAUCUCCUAGUAUAAUUCAUCCAAUUGAACCUUUACCAAUUUUGCCAGGGAAAGUUGGAUAUUUGGCUAUACUUGCUUAUGAUCAUAAUGGUACUUUAAGUAGACCUAUAGUUAAUGGUACUUUUGAAUAUAACAAUAUCAUUGCUAAUUCUACAUUCUUACUCUUUGAUACCAGCUUUAGAAACUUUGUAUUAUUAUCAGCUCCAACUCCUUUAGAACUUAAGUUAGUUGGUAAUCAAGGUAUAGUUGAUAUAUAUGGUCCCAAUAAAUCUGUAUAUAGUCUAAAUAAUCUUCAACUUACUAAAAAAGGUGUAACUGUAGAAACUAUGAAUCCUUGGGUUAAUGUUACUAUUCAAAUUGCAGCAGACACUGAUAAGUUUAAGAAAUAUCCAAAAUCAUUCUAUAAUGCAGCCUUUACUCCUUUACCAAAAGGAUGGAAUCCUGUAACCUCUACAAGUUAUCCAAAGUUUAUAGGUCAAGUAUUAACUUCUUAUUUCACUCUUGACAAUGAAACUAGUGUUGAUUAUACAAGUAUAAGUCAAACUGUUACUAUCCCAUCGAGUAAUCAAUUACAAGCUCUAGUAUUUUCAGUUAGUGCUAAUGAAACAUUUGCUUCCGUAUUAUAUCGUAAAGGUAAUUUCUCAGAGGUUACUACAGGAUAUUUGGGUAUAAUUGUUCCACAAGGUUUCAAAUAUGAAUACCAUUCCUCUACUAUUACUCAAAAGACCUUCACAAGAAAUCCUAUGUUCUUUAUUGAAUCUGGUGUCCUAACAUAUCAUGAUUAUCAAAUUCUAGAUAAUAGUCCUUGGGGAUAUAGGAUUAUAUAUAGCCAUGAUCAUGAUGCUCUUGUUCUAUUCCUUAUGGAUACACUUAGAACAUUUUCAAAUACUAAAAAUACUUCAUAUGAACCUCCAGUGUCACAUGACAAGAGUCCUGUUCCUUCAUCAAGUCCAAGUUCACUACCUAGUCCAUCCAGUAUAAUUCAUAAUGUGCAACCAUUACCAAUUUUACCUGGGAAGGUUGGAUAUUUAGCUAUACUUGCUUAUGAUCAUAAUGGUACUUUAAGUAGACCUAUAGUUAAUGGUACUUUUGAAUAUAACAAUAUCAUUGCUAAUUCUACAUUCUUACUCUUUGAUACCAGCUUUAGAAACUUUGUAUUAUUAUCAGCUCCAACUCCUUUAGAACUUAAGUUAGUUGGUAAUCAAGGUAUAGUUGAUAUAUAUGGUCCCAAUAAAUCUGUAUAUAGUCUAAAUAAUCUUCAACUUACUAAAAAAGGUGUAACUGUAGAAACUAUGAAUCCUUGGGUUAAUGUUACUAUUCAAAUUGCAGCAGACACUGAUAAGUUUAAGAAAUAUCCAAAAUCAUUCUAUAAUGCAGCCUUUACUCCUUUACCAAAAGGGUGGAAUCCUGUAACCUCUACAAGUUAUCCAAAGUUUAUAGGUCAAGUAUUAACUUCUUAUUUCACUCUUGACAAUGAAACUAGUGUUGAUUAUACAAGUAUAAGUCAAACUGUUACUAUCCCAUCGAGUAAUCAAUUACAAGCUCUAGUAUUUUCAGUUAGUGCUAAUGAAACAUUUGCUUCCGUAUUAUAUCGUAAAGGUAAUUUCUCAGAGGUUACUACAGGAUAUUUGGGUAUAAUUGUUCCACAAGGUUUCAAAUAUGAAUACCAUUCCUCUACUAUUACUCAAAAGACCUUCACAAGAAAUCCUGUGUUUUUUAUUGAAUCUGGUAUCCUAACAUAUCAUGAUUAUCAAAUUCUAGAUAAUAGUCCUUGGGGAUAUAGGAUUAUAUAUAGCCAUGAUCAUGAUGCUCUUGUUCUAUUCCUUAUGGAUACACUUAAGACAUAUUUGAAACAUCCAAAACCUCUAUAUGGAUCUACUGGAUCAUCUGUAACCCCUAAGUUGAGCAGUCCUGGUUUAUCACUAAGUCCUCCAUCUAAUCCAUCCAGUAUAAUUCAUAAUGUGCAACCAUUACCAAUUUUACCUGGGAAGGUUGGACAUUUAGCUAUACUUGCUUAUGAUCAUAAUGGUACUUUAAGUAGACCUAUAGUUAAUGGUACUUUUGAAUAUAACAAUAUCAUUGCUAAUUCUACAUUCUUACUCUUUGAUACCAGCUUUAGAAACUUUGUAUUAUUAUCAGCUCCAACUCCUUUAGAACUUAAGUUAGUUGGUAAUCAAGGUAUAGUUGAUAUAUAUGGUCCCAAUAAAUCUGUAUAUAGUCUAAAUAAUCUUCAACUUACUAAAAAAGGUGUAACUGUAGAAACUAUGAAUCCUUGGGUUAAUGUUACUAUUCAAAUUGCAGCAGACACUGAUAAGUUUAAGAAAUAUCCAAAAUCAUUCUAUAAUGCAGCCUUUACUCCUUUACCAGAAGGAUGGAAUCCUGUAACCUCUACAAGUUAUCCAAAGUUUAUAGGUCAAGUAUUAACUUCUUAUUUCAAUCUUGACAAUGAAACUAGUGUUGAUUAUACAAGUAUAAGUCAAACUGUUACUAUCCCAUCGAGUAAUCAAUUACAAGCUCUAGUAUUUUCAGUUAGUGCUAAUGAAACAUUUGCUUCCGUAUUAUAUCGUAAAGGUAAUUUCUCAGAGGUUACUACAGGAUAUUUGGGUAUAAUUGUUCCACAAGGUUUCAAAUAUGAAUACCAUUCCUCUACUAUUACUCAAAAGACCUUCACAAGAAAUCCUGUGUUCUUUAUUGAAUCUGGUAUCCUAACAUAUCAUGAUUAUCAAAUUCUAGAUAAUAGUCCUUGGGGUUAUAAGGUUAUAUAUAGCUCUAGUCACAAUUCCCUCGUCCUCUUCCUUAAGGAUACACUUAAGACAUAUUUGAAACAUCCAAAACCUCUAUAUGGAUCUACUGGAUCAUCUGUAACCCCUAAGUUGAGCAGUCCUGGUUUAUCACUAAGUCCUCCAUCUAAUCCAUCCAGUGUAAUUCAUACAGUUGAUCCAUUACCAAUUUUACCUGGGAAGGUUGGACAUUUAGCUAUACUUGCUUAUGAUCAUAAUGGUACUUUAAGUAGACCUAUAGUUAAUGGUACUUUUGAAUAUGACAAUAUCAUUGCUAAUUCUACAUUCUUACUCUUUGAUACCAGCUUUAGAAACUUUGUAUUAUUAUCAGCUCCAACUCCUUUAGAACUUAAGUUAGUUGGUAAUCAAGGUAUAGUUGAUAUAUAUGGUCCCAAUAAAUCUGUAUAUAGUCUAAAUAAUCUUCAACUUACUAAAAAAGGUGUAACUGUAGAAACUAUGAAUCCUUGGGUUAAUGUUACUAUUCAAAUUGCAGCAGACACUGAUAAGUUUAAGAAAUAUCCAAAAUCAUUCUAUAAUGCAGCCUUUACUCCUUUACCAGAAGGAUGGAAUCCUGUAACCUCUACAAGUUAUCCAAAGUUUAUAGGUCAAGUAUUAACUUCUUAUUUCACUCUUGACAAUGAAACUAGUGUUGAUUAUACAAGUAUAAGUCAAACUGUUACUAUCCCAUCGAGUAAUCAA